AUGAUUUUUAGGGGACAUGACGAGAGUCAUGAGUCUCAGAAUCGAAAAAAUUUUCUUGAAAUAUUAAAAUUAUUAGCUUCUUACAAUAAAGAAGUGGAUGCAGUUGUUUUGGAUAAUGCUCCUCAAAAUGCAAUAUACAUAUCACCUUCUAUUCAAAAGGAAAUUCUACAUGUUUUUGCUAGAAAGGUGCAAAAUGAAAUUCGAAAUGAGAUUGGUAAUGCAAAGUUUUGUUUGAUUGUUGAUGAAGCUAGAGAUGAAUCUAGAAGAGAACAAAUGGCACUUGUUGUUAGAUUUGUUGAUAAGCAUGAAUUUGUCAAAGAAAGGCUAAUAGAUGUUGUUCAUGUCAAAGAUACUACUUCUGCUACUCUAAAACAAGAGAUUUGUUCUGCAUUAUCUCAUCACAAUCUCAACAUUCAAAAUGUUCGAGGUCAAAGGUAUGACGGAGCUAGUAAUAUGGGUGGAGAUUGGAAAGGGUUACAAGCUUUAAUUAUUCAAGAAUGUCCUUAUGCAUAUUAUGUUCAUUGCUUUGCUCAUCAAUUACAGCUAGCUCUUGUUGCUGCGGCUAAAGAAGUUGUUGAUGUUCAUGCUUUUUUCCAAAGUUUGAGUAAUAUUAUCAAUGUUGUGUGCUCUUCUUGCAAACGCAAUGAUGAAUUACGAUCUGCUUAUGCAACUGAAAUUUCCCAUUUAGUUGCAACUAAUCAAAUUGAAACAGGAAGGGGAGCAAAUCAAAUUGGCACAUUAAAAAGAUCAGGAGAUACCAGGUGGAGCUCUCACUUCAACUCAAUUUGUAGCCUUUUACGUAUGUUUGGAGCAACAACUUCAGUUCUGGAAGAUUUGGCUACUAAUGGAUCUACAUAUUCUCAACGUGGUGAUGCUACUUAUGCUCUUAAAUCUUUAUUAUCAUUUGAUUUUGUUUUCAUUUUGCAUAUGAUGAAAGAAAUCAUGGGAAUCACUGAUAAACUUUGUCAAGCAUUGCAACAAAAAUCUCAAGACAUUUUGAAUGCUAUGCAUCUGGUUUCUAGUACAAAGUCAUUGAUUCAACAGUUAAGAGAUAAUAGUUGGAGAGCACUUUUGGAGAAAGUUAGUUCUUUCUGCAAUGAUCAUGCUAUUCAGAUACCUGAUAUGGGUGCUUUUUUUAGUGACAUAAUUCGGUCUCGUCGUAAAAAGGAUGUUGUCACUGUUGAACACCACUAUCGUGUUGACAUUUUUACUAGCGUGAUAGAUUUUCAAUUGAAAGAGCUAAAUAGUAGAUUUAGUGAGCAAGCAACCGAGCUCCUCAUAUUGAGUACAUCUUUAGAUCCUAAAGAUGCUUUCAAGUUAUUCAGUGUUUGCAACAUAUGCAAUCUUGCAAAGAAUUUCUAUUCUUUAGAUUUUUCUGAGCAAGAAAAGAUUCAAUUGGAUUAUGAGUUACAACAUUAUGAACUUGAUGUGGUUAAAGCUCCAGAUUUUCAGAAUUUGUCUACUCUUGCUGAAUUGUGUCAAAAAUUGACAGAGACAGGAAAAUCAAAUAUAUAUCAUUUAAUUGAUAGAUUAAUUCGUCUUGUUUUGACUACAACAACAACUGAACGGGCCUUUUCAGCUAUGAAGAUUAUUAAAACAAGGCUUCGAAACAAGAUGGAAGAUGAAUUUUUAGCAGAUUGUAUGAUUGUAUAUAUUGAAAAGGAAAUUGCUUCAAAAUUCACUUCAGAGAUGAUAAUUGAUAAUUUUAGUUCCAUGAAACAUCGUCGGUCAAGUUUAAAAAUAUCAAAAUCUUAA